UGAAUAAUUUGUUAUUACCUUUUGAGUGUGUCAAAUUUUAUUUGAGGAAGUUAAUUUUGGACUGAUCUGACACAACAAAAAUGGCAGCCACCAGAUCGAGGAAGAGUUUCGACGAACAAGCAAAUGAAGAAUUCUGGGCAUCAUCAUCCAUUAAAAAGCAGGCCAACUUGUUUGGAGAUGAUGAUGCUUUGGUCACUGCCAAAAGGACACUUGGGGGUUUGAACUCAAUAUUUGAUGAUGAAGAAGAUGAGGAUGUCAUCAAUUUUGAUGGAACACCAGCAACACCAGCAAAGCCAUCUGUUGGUUUCAGCAUGUCAGCGCGCUACAAGCCUCCAGAGCGCAGCACCAGUAGCAAUCUCGCUGGCUCAAGUAGUCUUACCACUGGGCGAUCUGUGCCUGGCCUCUCUUCUGCCAGCCCAUCAUCAUCGUUGAGCAGCGGAUUGACACAUUCCAGGUCGGCAAGUCUGACUGUAGGCAGUUCUGCAGGAACCUCAGGCUUGAGUAUAGAUGAAAUGGUAUCACAAUCAAAACCAAAGCCAAAAGUGCCUUCAGCAGCAGAGCUUGCCAAGAAGGAAGCAGAAAUCAACUUUCUCAAGAGAUCAGUUCAGUCUGCUAAGCGAGAAAGGUGGGCGCUGUUACCUGUUAAAGAAACAGUUAGAAGAAUGCUGAUGGGAGAGUCCUAUAACCUUGAGAUGUACAGAUCCAGAGAAGACAAGUUGGCACUGUUAGAUGAAGCCAUUGAAAGCUGUGAUGGAAAUGCUAUCAUAGCAGCUGUCCUGUUUCUUAAGUCCACUCUAAAGAGUUCAUUGUUUCACCAAGAGUUACGCAGCAGACCGACUGCCAUCAGUCAAUAUCUGAACUAUCUUAGGGAGGCCUAUGAACUUGAGGACCUAAUUGAUAUGUUAGGAGUAUUAAAUCGAGGGGAAGAGGCAGCAAUGUUAAAAUAUAAACAAGCCAUAUCCACUAGAAGACCUGAAACUAAGGUUAAAAAUUUACAGCAGUGCUACAGGACUCACUUUGAGAUGAACCCAGAUCUAGCCCAUGACGCAAGCCAUGUACAGGAGCAGAUAUCUCUCCUUGAAAGACAGAUGCCAAUAGAUAAAGCAGAUGCCUUAGCACAGCAAGAGCAAAAAUCAAGAAUAUUUUAUGAUUUUCCACGGAAAGCGUCUCUCAUUAACAUGUCUGUCCUUACCACCCUGUAUUACUGCUGUUUUUAUCAUUAUGAAUUAGCAGAGAAUUCACUAGCUAGUCCUCAGGCCAUUAAGAAAGCUUAUCAUCUGACAGAGAAAGAGUUCCUGUGGACGGCCCUCAGAGCUCUGGCCAAACGAAAACUGUGGAUAGCUUUGGAAACGUUAUUUCAAUCUAAGAGCUGGUUUGGGAAAGUGUCUAUGAAAAGUGAAGUUGGCUUUGAAAAAGUGGUCCAAGUUUUAGAACAAUGUGGGGCUCCAAAUGAUAUUUUAAGUAAAUAUCUUCAGUUGGUGGAUGACCCAGAGAAGAGGUUGGCAUUGGGGAAGAAAUUUGGAUGCCACCAAGUUGUCAUAGAUACCCUAGUAGCCCAUAAGGACAGGCAGCAGCUUCAGGCAUAUGGUCAGACAUUAACUCCACAUACCAAAGAAAUGUAUUAUGCUCAAGAUGCUUUGAGGCAUUCUAACGUUAAGUGGAAAAAUUGAUGUCCAUUGAGUGAAGCUGUCUCACAAAUGGAAGCCAGUCCUGCGGAACUUAAUGACAGUAUAUGGUGUCCCAAGUUUUCACCAAAACUAAGUGCAAUAUUGUGAUAUUUAAUUGCAUAAAGCAUUCCUAUUUUGUCUAUCAAUGGAGGGGGUUGUCUUCAGUAUGCAUUUAUUUUUCAUUUAUAUACAAGACAAAAAAA